UGGAAACGUAAACGUGCGCGUGUGUGUGAGAGGCAGACCAUCAAGAGCCUUCCCUCCGCACUGCCGCGCUCAGCUACUACCCGCGCCCCUUGAGCCCUGUUGACCAGAGGGACUGAGGCGGACAAGCACCGGGAAGCUCGUGCGCAGGAGGGAAGGGGGCAGCGAUUUACUUUGGCAUCAUCAUCCUCGGACGCACUGCUUGUUUCCGGCAACAACGUGUAGACACACCGCUACCUACUAGCAGUAGCUGGUGGGCGGACCAAAAUCACUGAACUGACUGCUGUUUGGGGCCAGUCCUACCCUCUUCGUCCAGACCAUGGGGGAGAAGUCCGAGCGGCACAAACUGGCGAGCUUGAAGGCCCAGCCUGGAUCUCACCACCACUUCUCGAACGCUGAGACGUACCAGCUGGCGACGUUCAUUAACGCGCGUUUCGAGGACGAGCCGCUGCUGUCGACCAUCCUGCCGGUGGACGGCGCCAAGCCCGACGAGUUCUUCGGCGCCUGGGGGGACGGGCGGCUGCUGAUAUGCCUCGUUGACGCGGCCUGCGAAGGGGUGGUGGACCUCGACUUCAUGCGGCGAAAGGCGUCCAAGCCUCAGGGCGUGAGGUUGCGGCACCCGACAAUCCAGCACUUCGCGGUGCUGAACGAUGCGUUGCAAGGGUGCAAGAACAUCGACGGCUUGCGGCUCGGGUUCGUGGGGGCGGAAGACUUCGUUCAGGGUAACCGACCUGUCAUUUUGGGCGUCGGGUGGCAGCUGGUACGGCUAGCCAUCUUGCAAACCGCCAACGUCGACGAUCGGCCAGAGUUGUCAGAGCUAUUCACGCCAGAGGAGGCGGCGAAGAACAUGGGACAGGCGGGACAGGAAGAGCUCGUCCUUUCGCGUUGGUUCAAUCAGUUCCUUGGCGCCGUGGGAAGCGAGCGACAGGUGUGGAGCUUCGGCGCGGAGCUGGCGGACGGGGUGGCGUGGUGCACGCUCCUCAACGCGAUCGACCCAUCCGCGUGCCCCCCGCCCGACGAGCACGACGCGGAGGCGAACGCAGCCAGCGUCAUCGAGGCCGUGCACAAGAUGGAAGUCAAGGGGGUCUUCAUGACGAAGGAGGCGCUCUUGGAGUCGGACAAGAAGCAGAACGUAAUGUUCUGCGCCCAGCUCAUGAACGUCUUCCCGACCAUCCCGACCUACCUCCGCCCCCCGCCCACCUUCAAGAGCGGCGCUGGCGGCAGCUCCAAGCGCGGCAGCGGCAGGGCCCCGUUCUCCACCACCUACGACUCGCGCGGCGGCUCCGGCGCCUCCACGACGGACUCGAGCAUGUACACGAGCAGCCCGGCCGCCGCAGAUGCCGGCGGCGGCGGCGGCCGUGGGACCCCGCGGUAUGUGGGGUCGUCGUCCGCCCCCCCGCCGGCCCCCUCCCCCCCGAGGUCGCGCUGGAGCUUCGGGUUCACCGACAACACGGCAGGGAGGGUGCACAACUACAACAGCGACGACGAGGGAGAGUCGGGCCCCGGGUGCGGGCUCGGCUUCAGCAUCUUCGGCUGCAUCUCCCGGAACUAAUUAGAGUUUUUCGCAUGUGUUGGUUGGUUGGUUUGUUUGGCGGAAGGGAGGAAGGAAGGGAGUAGCUAUUUUGUGGUAGAUAAGUCGCACGCAGGUGGUAAUGCAUAGGUGUGUGUGGUGCGUGGUGUCUCGAGUUUGUUUUUCGAUUUAUUGGAAUGGAUGUGAUCUUCUUCAUAGGGCAGCUAUCGCUGGUUGCACGCGGUCUGGUGCUGGUUGCGUGUUUCCCCCCCCGCGACUAGUCUCGUUGUUGUGUUGAGUCGAUUAUACCCAAGAGAGGAACGUUAUUGUUUUUUUCGCGGCCCUCUUGGCCGAUUCUGAUGCCGAGGGUCAGUUUUUGUCCUUUUCUUGGUCGAGCUUUUUUAGCCCCCCGAAUGAUUGAGCACAUCAUGGUGCUGCUUUUUUGCUGCGGCAAGAAAACGCCGUAAUUACUUUUUGCUCAGAUACGGCGACGCUCUAUCGAUUCCCGGACGCGGAGGCACGCAUGGCUGGGGAAGGACAAGUGUCACGGCUAGAGUCGUUUCCCGUAGCAUAUCUGUGCAGUGUUUGAAUAUAGCUCGGAUAUUCUGCAUGUAUAUCGGGAGCGCGCGGGCGGACGGGCUGGCGGGGGGAGGUUGGGGUCCUCUACCUACUGCAGUAUUUUCUAUUUUCAUCUUGUGAAGGACUGUGUGUGCGAACGAACAGAGUUAGUUUCGGGUUGUGUCUAGAGACGUGUUUUUUCCCCAUCUCCUUAUCCCUCUAGCAAAUAUUUCUGGAUUUUUUUUCGGUGGCUUUUUUUUUUGUUUUUUUUUCCUUGAGGAACGUACGAUUUUCUUGUGUAUCUUUGUCGUCGUCGAGAACGACAGCGAUAGCGUCAUAAGAAAGCAGCCAAAGGCCUUGGCACCAUGCCUCCAAAGCUGUAUCGAAGGGCAAGACGGUUACUGCUGCCGUCCGUGUCCUCCCGGCGGUUGAUAGCGGCGGAACCGAUCGUACACGUUCUUUCUUCGCCUCUUGUUGGUUGCACCAGCGGGUUUUACCAUGUGGCCUCCUUCUCGCACCAUUUUCCCCUCACUCUCUUUCGGCAUGUAUUACGUGCCUGCCGCCGUGUUGUGUGUAGUGGCUGGCGUAUGCGCUGCUGUAGCGCCCGCCGUUUCUCGCGCGAGCGAGGGAGCGAGCGGGGGCGGGACUGCUGGUGUCUUGGCGAAUUGUGCGUAGUUUAUACGCCUCAAUUUAUGCAGUUUCUUCUGCGUAGGGGUUGUGUCGUCGUUUUUAGGUGUUCCUUGGUCGUUUUCAUUGUUCCACCGCGGCGCGGCUGUUGUCGAUGGCAUUUCGUCUCGAGGGGAGAGGAAACUCGGUGUGAAAACCUCGUAUGUAGUAGGCGCUGAGCCUUCCUGGCAACGGCUGCCUCCACGUCCGGCAGUUGAAAUAGCUGGGGGAACGCAAGAGGGGGUGACGGUUGCAACUUAUACAAUCGAUCUUUUGUUGUUGAGAAUUUUGUUAUUUUUUUUCGGUGUCGUCUGCCCAGGAGGAAUGGAUGCGCGUUCCCGCUCCGCAAUUGGAACCUAUUGUAUUAGGUAGCAAAUAAUAUGGCGGUCGACCGGAGUGCGACAGUGUUUGGGUGAGAGGGUAGCAUGUAGAUUGUGGCGUGCCGACACACCCAAAUAAGGGAAAUGAAGUUUCGAUAUUUUUCGUCACUUGCGUGCGGCAGAAGAUGUACCGUAGCUGCGCUGGUUGCCGCUGCUGCUGCCGCCUGUAGAAGGGUACGUUGCGGUAUUUUCCGCCACUUGUGUGGCCCAAUGUAGUGGUCCGUAGUAGUUCGUACUGGACAGCUUUUUGAUGCAAUACGUUGCCGUUUGUAGAAGGAUUCGCGCGGCGGUGAUGUUCUGGUGUCGGGGUUGAUCCUGCUGUGUAACGAGCACGUCGCUCGCCGCCUAUGGAUGGGUGCAGGUACAGUUGUGUAGUUCAUCGGGCGUGCUAAAUUCAUAUCAUUCGCGUUACCGUCGUGAGGGAGGAGAGUGAGAGAGCGGCCGUUGAACCUUUUGUAGAAAAAAGGUCGCCAAAGGGCAUGUCGUAUGUAUGUAUGUUAUCCGUUGCCACCACAGGAAGUUGUGUCAGUUGGUUGUGGGGACGGGGCUUCACCGUUGAUAUUUGCGCCGUACAGUGUUGUGUAGCACCCGCCGCAGCCCUUGAUGUUUAUGUUUCGGGUUGCCUGUUUGUCGAGUUGGGCAGAGAAAAAUAUUUUGUUUUCAGCGGCAAGUACGAGGUUGUGAAAGGCACUAAAUGCUUCUGUUGUUCUCAGCAGGGAAGAAGGGCGACUGUAGAAGAAUUGAAGUCAUCUUUCAGCUGAGUUUUGUCCGUAGAUGCAAAAAAUAGGUUCAAGAAAGUAAAUAUACCCCAAAAAUCCAAGUGGUUUGGUCACACGUCCACGCACACGU